AUGGCCCAAUAUCUCCGGAAGAUGGGAAAAAUCCCUAAUUUUGGACCCCUAUUCCUUUCUUCUUCUCACGCUGCCUUCACGCCGAGGGAGGCCUACGCGUGGAGAGAAAACGCGACACCGCCUUCUACUUCUUCCUCCUUCACCAACGGCCGGCGACCACCUCCGUUCAACCACCGCCGCCGGCCGGUCGCCAUCUCCUUCCCUCUCCGAUUCACACCGCAGCCAAGAAGCUUCUUCUUCUCGGCUUCUCAUGCUCCAAACACUACUUCGCCGCAAGCCGACAACCCCUUCCUCUUCGGGUUAGAGGAGGAAGGUUCGAUUCUUCCAUCAUCAUCAGCGAUUUCUUCCACAUCUUCACAGAUCGCAGCUAGGGCACGCGACUUCACUUCCGGCGCCCAUACUCUUCGUUCCGGCAAGCAUACAGCCACCUCUCCUCUUCGGGUUAAGAAGAGGAGAGUAUACCACCUAUUCCGGACAGCACCUUCGCCGACGGGCAGCAGCUUCCUUCCAACUCCCAUUUGUUCACACAUCGAGUCAGAUUUUGGUGCCACUGAAAGACAAGGUGUGAGACUUUACUAUGGAGCUAGAAACCUUCAGAGAAUGACAUAUCAGGAAAGUUUCAAGGACUGGGAAUCAAUUGGAGUCAAAAUAAUACCUAUUCUGUCCCAACCUGAUGAAAGAUGGAGUGGCGAAAGAGGAUAUGUACAGGAAUUAUGUUGAGGCUCUGUUUGAUGAACUUGUAGAAAGUACAAGAAAGCUGAUAAAAGCAACUUCUAGAGAGAUUGAGAAAUGGAGAUAAAAUGGCAAAUAUGUUGCUCUUCUCCAUGUAAAGGCGUACAGAACUAUCCAACCUUUAAUUUCUUACGUCGUUAAGAAAAAUUAAUUGAAUAUUUAAAGAUUGUUAAGUCAGACUACUAGUGGCACGUUUUUUGUGUUUUUUUUCCCUUUGAUUUGGUUGUGGUGCAACUUUAAAUCAUUUCUUUUUCUCCACGUUGUAUUAUUGAAAUGGUUGAACUGAAUUUGAUGGUGAUGCUUCCUCAACCUCAACUGAGAUGGAAAAAGAAUUUUGAUAACAAGGCUUUUCACAGUUUAUGCAGAUGCCUUGC